CUAAUUUGUAUGCGUGUUCAUAUGGAAUUGAUUGGUGGAAUAAUCACAGUCUGAAUUGAUUCAGUUUAACAACAUAUUUUACAUCCUUUCAUCACAUUGGUUUGAUGAAGAAGCUUGAAUACUAAGUGGCAUAGGGGGCCCCAGUGGCCCCACAUUCUCUAAGAGUCAGUGUCUAAAUUAGAAUUUGCAUUCUCCUACACUAAUUUGUCAAAUGUACCCUAGUUUUUUUAAUCUGACCACAUCCAAAGCACCAAUAGUUAUUUGCCUCGAUGAUAACAUGCUUCAGUUUGCAGAGUACUAUUUAGGUGGAGAUGUUGGUGGUAGUGUUUUCCUCCCUAACAGGACGGGAAAAUAACAUUCAUUUAAGGGAAACAGCCAGAAUAUAUUUAUUUAUUUAACUUACUCUUUUCACGGUUAAACUUACCAAUAUAACAAAGUACAUCAAUUAUAUAAUUCGUCCAUAUUUAACAAAUGUGCUAGAGGGCCACAUUUAACCUUUGCCUUUUUAAUUUGUCCCUCCGUGCUCGCCGUUCGUAACUUCCGCUCAUACGUACUUCCGGUGAGAUCUUUUCAUCCACGCUCCCGAGACGACGACAUCGCGACACGAAAGACGAACCGAAGGACUAAACACGGUUAAACCACAGCUGUCAUGUUCAAACUAGAAGGACUCGGGCCUAAAAUGGACCCCGAGGAGAUGAAGAGGAAAAUGCGACAAGAUGUCGUCUCAUCUUUACGAAACUUUAUUAUUUACGUCGCCCUGCUCAGGGCCACCCCAUUUGUGUUGAAGAAGCUGGACAGCAUAUGACCUGAACAUCGGGUUUCUUCCUCAGCCAUCUACUAAGCGUUUACUCGACCAGAGAGAGUAUGGAUCAUCAUCAUCAUCAUCAUCAUCAUCAUCGUCGUCAGCCGCAUCAAACAACUGGGGCCAUUACUGCUAAUCGUGUUGGACACAACCAGCGUCUGACCAUCACUGCACCGGAGGAAACACAUUUGAUCUAAUUUAUCCCAUCUUAUUCCUUUUUGUAAGCUUUAGUCUGCAUUUCUUGUUAAACAUGUUGCCAUUAUUGAUUGACAACAAAGUGGCAGUGCGUAAGCGCGCCAUGCUCGCAAGUUAACCGGAAACCAUGUAUAUUUCUGUUGAUAGCGGAUCUACUCAGUUCUGCACAUAUUGUGUUUUGUUGUAACUGUAUUAGAAAAGUAUAUUACUUUUGUUGGGCUGAAUAUUUUCAGGAAUAAGUUUAAAUCCUUUUUAUGUAAUCACUGAAAAUAAAAACGUUGCCCAAUAAAUGA